CCAGGUUAAAGAAAUCACGGAAAAAUUAGACGUCAAUUACAAAAUGAACAGCUGUCCUUUUAAAAAGUGUAAUAUUUCUGUAUUGAGGCGUAAAAUUUAAUCAAAAACAGUUAUACAUGUUGUGUAUAGGAAUAACAUUGUUUACAUGCGCUAAAAUAUAAACAUUUGGAUGUUGUUGGAGUUGAAUUCGUUGGAGUAACAUGUCUAUUCCUCCACUCGUUUGCAGCACUCCUCCACCACCUGAGCAGUGUGAGGACGACAAAGAUCAUGAAGAUUUUGAUAUAACAUAUAACUUAUCACAAGAGGAUGACGACAGCACUGAGUAUAAUUAUGGAAACUAUUCCAAUUACAAUAUUUAUCAAACAACAUCAGAAAAUGAAGACAAACAAAAAUGGAAUGCAAAUCUUAGCAAUGUAUCUGAAAGUAAUGUCGAACAAAAACCUGAAGAAAUAUUAAAUGGCGUCAAUUUUAUAACAAAUAAUGAAUUAGUUAAUCAAAACACACCAAAACUUGAAGACAAUGUUGUAGAAGAUUUGAAUUUGAUAGUUAACAAGGACAUUGUACAUUCCAAUGACAUAGUGUCUAAGCAAUUUGAGACUGAAGUUGAUGUCGAAAUUGGGAAUUCAGACAAAAAGACAAGAAUACAAGAUGAUGGUGGUGAAAAUAUUUCCACUAAAGAUGAAAUCACAGCCUUAAGUGUGUCUUCUAGCAUAAAUAAACUAGACAUUCCCAAUCAAAAUUUAGAUGAUAAUAAUGAAGAUAUUCACACUAAUACUAUUGUAAAUAAUACCAAUGAUGUACUCGAAAAUUCAGUAAAGAAUGAACUACCUAAUGCUAUGAGAAUAGAAACUGAAGUACAGUACAGUACAGUAAAAUCUCAGUUGGAUCAAGAUGCUGUGAAACAAGAUGAAUCUCCAGCAGAUGAUGAUUUUGGAGAUUUUGAAGACUUUCAAUUUACUUCAACCUCUGAAAUCUCUCAAGUUUUAUCAGUAAAUAGUGAGAAUCCAUGGCAGAGUGAUGGCAUUGCAGGCCCAGAGUUUGGGGAUUUUACAGCAAAUUUUGAAGCAACAGAUGUAGAUCCAGUAGUUAAAAGCAUGACCCAUUCUAUACCACAUGAACAAAUAGAAAUAAACACAGACACACCUCUAGAGGAUAGUAAUGACGAUUUUGGUGACUUUGAUGAUUUCAGAUCUUCUGAUAAUAUAGAAACUGUUAUAGAUACAAAUGAAGUACCAUCAACACCAGAUGUUACUCUAUGGGAUCUUAGUUCACCAGGUAAUGACCUUCUAAUUGUGGAUAGUAUCAACACAGUAUUGACUGCUAUAUUUGGGGAAGAAAUACCUGCUCCUGAUGAUGAAUUAUGUGGACAGUUAGACUCAUUUUUAAGAGAAACGUGGGGUCAUUUGGUUGAUAUUGACGUCAGACAACCAUAUAUAGUCAACUGGAACAACUCCCUUGGACAGAAAACUCUUCUUAAGGCAUUGGGCAUUGAUUCCAGAAACAUUUUAUUUGGACCAAAAUGGAAUUACAAUACGCCGAAAUACGCAGUAAAUCUGACAGCGGCGCCCUUACAGCCACAGAAACAAUUUGUCUCCUCCAGUUCAAACAACGAGUCUGCUGAGAAGAUUAUUAACAAAGAGGCAGGGGUUUGGGUGGAUCCGUUUACCCCAGAUGGCAAAGAAUCUUGCAAUACGGAAAACAAAAGUUUGCCAACAGGGACACCCAAAAGGCCGACUGACUUAGGAGUGUUCGAAAGUGAUGCGUCUUCCAAAUUAAGUAAAAUAUACUCAAGUACAAUAAAUGUGCAGCCAUUAAGACAUAUCAAUCUACCCGACACGCAUAUAUUUACGCCUACAGAUUCAGAAACUCCGAGAUCCAAAACAAUUCACUAUGAUAGCGGUCCAUCUGGACUCAUUCCUCAAGCAGUUCAAGAAAGUAAUGCAAACCUAGCAGAAAAAAAGUCUACACCAUUGAAUGAGACUGCUGAAAAAGAAUAUUGGGAUUUUCAAGACUUUAAAGGAGCUAAUACAGUGGUUUCACCAGUCAUUACUUCUACUGGAACAGCUGAAGAAACGGUUGUUAAUAAUGCUACCGAAAGUGUUCUGACAAAGUCUAGUGUGACGUACCAAACGCAGAUAUUGCAACCUAUUAAAAUAGAUCCUAUUAUGCCUACACUAAAUUGGCCAGAUCCAGGAGAGGUUAAAGAGACUUUUGACGAUUUUUCUGAUUUCAUAUCAAGCACUUCAUGGAAUAAAGAAAAAGAAAAUCAAGCAACCAUUACUCUAGAUACACAAAAAGACUAUCAGAAUCUUAAGAGCCCUAAAGAAGAAGUGUUGGCGAAAGGGAAUGUGGAUGAUGAAUUUGAAACGUUCCAAUCCGCUCCAGCACCAACCUUAGCAACGGAUUUUAGUUUAAAUACAACUGUUGGAUCUCAAAUCUCAAUACCAGAUAAUCUCACAAUAAAAACUGUUGAAAACUGUGAUAAUCAACCAGUCAACAUAGACAGUAAGAAAGCAAACAAAGCCAUUCAUGAUAAUCAAAGUUCCUCUGUGUCGAAUAAUAUUUCUGAUAUGCAAGACUUUAGUGCUCCACAAACAUCUCCUAGGAUACAGAACGUAAGCACUGAUAUAUUGCAACCAACAAGUGCAAGCGGCAGCGGGCUGGGUCGUCACCAACAUAAGUCAGAUCAAAUAUUACAACCCUUAUCAUUAGAAAGUUACUCGCAAAUCAAUUGGCCAAAUCCCGGAAUAGAUUUGCAAGACUUGUCUAGGUUCAAUCCAAUAAAUAGUCUUCAUUCAUUGAAAAGUGAUUCGAGCACUGCUGGUAACAGUAAAAAUGCGUCGCCCGCACACAACUCGGGUUCUGUUGUGUCUAAUCAAACCUCUGAUGAUGAUAUCUGGGGAGACUUUGUAUCGAGUGCACCAAAACAACAACAACAACAAACACCUAAGAAAACUACGUUCGCAGAUGAUGACGAAUGGACAGACUUUGUAUCCAGUCCAAGUAUGAAACCCCAAAACGGCCUGAAUACUAUUAGCUUUAAUGUUCAUACAAAUUUAAGUAUGCAGAAAUCUGGCCAAAACAGUUUUGGACCCAGAAACAAUCAAAUACCGCUCGAUAUACCAACAUUAAAUUACAUAACGCCAAAAUCGGGUAAUCGAGGCAUAUAUUCCGAAAAGCAUUUACAAAAUUUAUAACAGUACUGUAAUUAUUUUCUAUAAUAUACAUACUAUGAUGUACUUAAUUAGGAUAUAAGCUAUAUGUAAAUAGUGUGGUGGUGGGUAAUGUCAAUAUUAUUAGCAAAUUAUAUAAUAGUUAAAUUAUUUUUCAAGUAUAAUAAGAAGGGUGCAUUCUAAUUAUCCGUGUUAAAUCGUCCGGCAGUAGUGAGAACUGCAACUUCUAAUGGCGAUCGCGAUCGGAAUAAGAACGGGCUGUUCGAUUUGUUGACAAUCCUAAAUGAUGUGAGUUACACCUUGGAGUCUGUAGUGCAACAAAGAGAGGUCAGCUCCAUUUGUCUAUCAAUCGACUUAAUUAUGGAGUGUUUUGUUAUUUUUUAUUAUCUUUUCCAAUAAAACAAACAGUAGAUAUACAUACAUUUAGUAAACAGUAUAGUACUACUGUUUGUUUAGAGUAAUAUAGUUGAGAAAAAUGCAGUUUUUUUUUAUCGCAUAAACCAAGAACACGCCUUAGUUAUACAUAAACGAUAACCAAUAGUUAAUUACCAUAUAGACGACAUGUGCUCAUAUUAUUAUGCCGAGGCGCCAAAUUAAGCGUUAUAGAACGUACUACAAAAAAAUAUUUUGUCAAAUACCUUGUCUUACAUUUAGCCACGGAGGUUUACUUCGGGGGUGUUCUGGAGAGUUAUUUGUUCUCUGACCGCAAAUCAUAUCUUGGAAACAAACUUUCCAAAUACCUGGAUGCCUGUAUUCUUUCACUAAUCUCAAUAACAGAUCAUUUCUGUCGCGCCCUUGCAAACUGUGGAAUAAUAUCCCAGUUUAUAUGUUCUCUCAAAGCUACUAUUUAAGGUUAUUUAAGGGGUUAUGUGGAUAAGCAAAUUCUUUAAAAGCCGGCAAGGAAUUCAUAGGCCCCCUGAUACUGAAUUUUCAUGAGCGACGAUCGCUUAGAAUCGGUUGUCUGUUGCUCGAUUACAAUCGGUCAAAGUGAACUGGUCCUUAUGCCACUCGUUUUAGAGUCGCAAAUCCUGUACUGCUGAUUUCUAUAGUUGUGCCGAGAAAAUUUUUAGGCAAAAUUGAGCUUUAAUAUCAUUUUAAUUUAGCUCCUCGAUUGCAAACGAGCAAAUCUUGUACAUACAGGAUACAGGUGACUAGCUACCUCAUUUGCCCGCUGUUUACAUAUACUAAAAAACAAAACAAUAUCUAAGGAUAUGAUGGCAAUUCCAGCAUAUUUAGUUACUAGUUGAAAGAGAUAACCAAUAGAUGAUAGGAUUUUUAAAAUUUUGACUACUGUUACAAAACAAAUAUUAACUGUUGUUUGUGACACCUGCAAUUACUACUUGCGAUUGUUGGUAUCAAAUGCAAAUUUUAAACUAAUAGUGGAACUCUCAGCCAUUCAGAAGCAUUGUCGCUGUCGUUCCACAGUAUUCCACUCUCGACCGAUUAAACCUACUGGUAGGCCCAUGAUAUACCAUUUUACACUCGUAGUAAGGACCGGGAUAGGGACGCAUGGUGGUUUUCAAUUGGUAUGAAAGUUACAGGGCAACGCUGCUCUCGAGUGUCACAUGGAUAAUUCGAAUGUACCCUAACAGUUUAACCCAUGCACUGUACACCUUGAAUUCCUUUAGCACAGUAUUCAGCACGAAAAACAAUAAUAUGAGACAAGAUGUAUAUAUAUUUUUUUUUUUCAUAAAAAAUAAUCCCGUCCUAAUAUUUGGUUGUAUUAUUUAUGCUAAUUCUGUUGCGAUUUAUUUUAAAACAAUAAAUUACACCUAUUAUGUAAUUUAUACAAAUGUAAUUAAAUUAAAAAAAGCAAUAUUUAU